UCAGACAGGUGGAGGAGACGUCGCUCCGCGGCUGAGGUGCACCGUAUUCGGACUCGAAUCGGAGCGGAACCGGGCCGGUGGACGGUGUUUGGGGUCCGGCCGCAGCCGCUGGAUGAUCGGAACCAUGCUCCGGCUCGGUUCUCAUCCAUAAGCAUCGCGCACAUGCUGGAGCGUGGACCGUGGGAGGAGGCGGCAUGUAGUGGCGAUGGAUUAAAGACGGAGGACUUCACAUGUUUGCUUUCAGACAUUAGUGCUGUCUAGUCAUGGAGAACCAAGGCUGCACCGAGCCGCACACUUACGAAGACGUGCAGAAAAGCGGCUACCUCCGCAAGCAUAAAUCCAUGCACCGGCGCUUCUUCGUGCUGAGGGCGGCCUCCGAGCAUGGUCCUGCCCGCUUGGAGUAUUACGAGAACGAGAAGAAAUUCCGCAGCAAAUCCCCCGUGGCCAAGAAAGUGCUCAACCUGGAGACGUGCUUCAACAUCAACAAGCGGGCCGACUCCAAAAACAAGCACCUGGUCGUGCUGUACACCCGCAGCGAGAGCUUCGCCAUCGCCGCGGACAGCGAGGAGGUCCAGAACGAGUGGUACCAGGCGAUGCUGGACCUCCAGUGCAACUGUAAAACUCCUGAAGACUACGGCAGCAGUGGAGAGUGUAGCUCCCCUUCUCCAAUUCCUACUUUCAAAGAAGUGUGGCAGGUCAAAGUUUGGCCUAAAGGUCUUGGACAUGCCAGGAACUUAGUGGGCAUCUACCGUCUGUGCCUCACUGAAAAGACCGUCAACUUUGUCAAGCUGAACUCGGACAUUGCUUCUGUGGUGCUUCAGCUGAUGAACGUCCGUAGGUGUGGCCAUUCAGAGAACUUUUUCUUUAUUGAGGUGGGACGCUCCGCCAUAACCGGGCCAGGAGAAUUCUGGAUGCAGGUGGAUGACUCUGUGGUGGCUCAGAACAUGCAUGAGACCUUGCUGGAGGCCAUGAAAGCUCUAAGCGAGGAGUUUCGGCAACGCAGUAAGUCUCAGUCUGUGGGCACUUCCUGUGGCGGAGGCACCGUGUCAAACCCCAUUAGUGUUCCCAGCCGCCGACAUCAUCCCAAUCUGCCACCAAGUCAGGUGGGCUUCAACAGGCGAGCCCGCACUGAGACGCCCGGCGGCAGCAGCACCAGCACCUCGCCGACAUCACGUCACGGCUUCCCACGGGCGCGAACGGCCAGCAUCGGGGCCAGGUCGGAGGAGAGCGGAGUGAGUACCAGAUCAACAUGGGCCAGCUCGAGCCCAAGUCUUAACGGAUCCUGCUCAACUACUCCAACCCUUAGACCCAAGCCCACCAGAGCUCCCACCCCUGCAAAGAUUACCCUCAGUCUUGCUCGCUACACACCUAACCCUGCUCCCUCACCUGCUCCAAGCCUCUCCUCCAGCUCUGGUCACGGCUCUGAGUGUGGCCUAGUAGGGGCAGCUGUGGGAGGCAUGACAGUGUGCUCUUACACUCGUGUAACUCAGAGAGUUUCUGUUUCGGGUUCACCAAGCGACUAUGGCUCUUCAGAUGAAUAUGGCUCCAGUCCUGGUGAGCACUCCUUACUCAUGCCCAGUAUGGCUGCCCAUCACGUGCACGGAGAAGGUUCCUCCAGCUAUAUAGUCAUGGGUCAGCGGGAGGGCCUUCUUGGUUCCCAUCAUCGCUCCAAAGGCAGACAGAUUCUUCGACGUUCGUCCAGUCGGGAUUCUGAGGCAGAACGACGACUGCUAAGUAAGAGGGCUUCUCUGCCUUUGGCUGCCCAUGAAAGGCUCGUCCCGCAUCGAAAAGAUGACGACGAGGAUGAUGAAGAAUAUGCCAUUAUGUCACAGUGUGCUAACAGAGAAGGUCCUGGCGGUGUGGCGCUGGGGCGUGAACGACGAGAUGCAGUAGGGGAGAACAGAAAGAGGUUUGAAAAAAGGAAGGAAGUAGAAGCAGGAGCUCCAGUGGAUAGUGGCUACAUGUCAAUGCUGCCUGGAGUCACGUCUCCAGCAGCUGACGACGAAUACAUGGCCAUGACACCCAACAACAGUGUUUCCCCGCCUCAGCAUAUGCGGCAGCCCAGCACAGAGGGCUACAUGGUCAUGUCCCCCAAUAGUAGCGUCUCCGCAGAGUUGGGCAUGUGGGAUACCAGUGGGAGCAUGGAGAGCCGGGUCGCCAGCGACUACAUGAACGUCUCACCCAUCAGUAGCCGAUCUGCUUGUAGCACACCACCCUCCCAUCCUGAGCCGUACCAACUUCAACCAAAAAUGUUCAAUUCCUACUUCUCUCUGCCUAGAGCUUAUCAGCAUACCCUAUAUAGUCGUUUUGAGGAGGAUUUAAACAAAGGGGAGAACAAAAAGGGCAGUGAUGAUUGUGCUGUAGGGGGUAGUGCAGCAGGGUUCAGCAAAAGAAACAAAACAGGAGUGGGGCCGAGUGGAGGCUUCCAACUCUCCAUGUCUUCCUCGUCUUUCUCCUCAAGCUCUGCCAGCAGUGAAAGCCUGGAGGACAAGACCAUAUCAGCAGGGAAAGGGUUAAGUUUGUACAAGAGUGCAGGAACAUGCACUAAAGAAGGCCGCCACCAACAAAAACGUGGAUCAAGCUGCAAGAUCCCAAAGCAACAAAGAAAAGGCCGCCCCCUCAGUGUGUCUUCAGACAUCAGUAAAGCAAACACCCUCCCUAGGGUCAAGGAGAAUCUUCCCCCAAUGGCAAUUCAGAAUGUCGGUGACUAUGUGAGUAUUGUGUUCAAGGGGGACAAAAAAUAUGAUGGUGGAAGACAUGCCGGGUCCGAAAGAGCACAGCCUGUAAUUCACGGAACCCUACGCCCUUUGAACCAGCCCCUCAUUGACCCCAACAAUGUCGCUAACCUGCCUCGCAGCUUUUCUGCACCGUUGUCCACCUCUGCUGAGUAUGUGAGCAUGGAUGUAGGGAAGUCAAUAACACCCCUUAGGUCAACAUUCAGCCCCUCACUGCAGGGCCCACCAAUUGUACCCCCAAAGGGUCGACUAGAACAUGGCACAUCAUCUCCUCUGGCAGCUGAAGGAAACACUGCCUAUCAAUCAAAAACAAAGACUGUAGCAGACACCCAUAGUUCAUUCACAGACAAAGCUUCAGAUCCUAGCAUUUCAACGAGACCUGCCACCCACUCUGGUACACUUGUGUCUAUGGAGGACGAUACAGGAUUGGGCUUUUCUCCAGUCAAGUCCUUCCAGUGCCCCGAGCAAAGCAGCAGACUUGUCCGAACUGAGAACCAGUGUCGACGCGUUCACCGCCCAGAGACUUUUAACGCCCCUCCAUCUGUAUCGAGCCACCCACCUUCCACUACCACAGUCUUCCCAGAAGGCGGCCAGGCGGUGGUCCACCGGCAUGCUUUGGAUUGCUCUCCUUGGGAAACCGGUCAGGGGUCUAGUUUGUCUGCCACGCCACCUCUGCAAGCCUCUGCUGAACAAGGCCUUAACUAUAUUGACCUCGACUUGGCCAUUAAAGAGAACCCUCAAACUGGAGGGGAGCGUUCUUCUGCAGGCUACUACAUCGGAGCAGGUGCUGUGGGUAACAGUGCCGGCUCCAGCCUCAACAUGUAUGCCAGUAUUGACUUCUACAAGUCAGAGGAACUGAGAGCACACCAGAUUGGAAGAAAGGAUGAUCCAGAUUGUUGAUUUGUGCUCAUAUCUGCAUUGGACGGGUCUACGCUCAGCAGCCCAACUGUUGCCACAACACAACUGAGUCCCAACACUGGAUUCCUGGGAAACCUCAUCCUCAUCUUGUUUGCCAUUUUCUCUCUGCCAAACAUGUGCCAAACACACACUUGCACACACACACACACACACACACACACACACACACACACACACACACACACACACACACACACACACACACACACACACACACACACACACACACACACACACACACACACACACACACACAAACGGUAAGAAAAAUGCUGUUUUCUGCCUCAUUUGAAAUGAAACUGACGUCCGAUCAGCUAACUAGAGAUGAAAAGAUGGCGUGUGUUACAGUACGACAAUCUGACAAUCAAGUAAAGCCAUAAAGUCAGUAAAGUGUCACACUUUUGCUUCAGUUGUGACAUAACUCCUCCCAAAUUGAUACCAUUAUGAUCGGCAGCUAAGCAAAUGUGACAACUCAGUAAUGACACGUGUCCAUUUGGUGUAUAGAGUCUUAAUGUAAGACUUUGUUUUUGUCAACAUCAUCCAUCCAUUUUCUGUAUUAUUAAUCAAAAGACUGAUACAAAACACUUAAGACAAUUAUGCUGCCUAAUGAGUUUUAAAUGUUUUUCAUGCACCACUUUGGCUGUGACAUAACGAACAACGACAACUUUAUUUGACUUCCGAGAUACAGUUCAACUUGCAAUUUGAGCCGUUACUAUGAUUUUCUGCACAACUUAACGAGGUUUAUAAAAUAGAGAAUUUAACGUUCACACUGAUUUCUUCUUGAUAUGCUCUUUUUAUUAUGCUACAUGCAUUCAUGUAAUCAUCCUGGUAGCCAACACUGCAUACCAAUUGGCACAUUUGCAUAGCAUUCUUCUGCAGAGACUGUUUAGUCUGACCUAUUGGCAUGAUACAUGUCACACAUCAUAAAAAGAUUACAAUUACAAUAAAAUGUGUAUAAAACAAAACAAAAUGAGUUUGAUAAAAAAAAAACAACAGUGGGAGUGUAAACACUUUUAAUCGCUAUCAUAUACAAACAGUUUGUUUUUCCUCAUUCACGCCAGUUUACACAAAUAUAGUUUGAUACAGUACAUUACGGCGGCAUAUAAAAUACACAGUAUACAUACAGUAUAAGGAUUACUUCUUCAUAGCCUAGAUAUUUACAAUAUACUCUUUUUUAAAGUGCCUCUUUUUUGAUUGUAGCUGUUUCACACAGGUAAUCUUAAAAUGGGUUGUGGAACUACACACACAAAAAAGUCAACACAUGAAUAUUGAUAUCAGUAAACUAGUUUGCCUUACUGUUUAUCUGGAAAUUAUUUUUUUAAGGGGCGAGGUAACAUUUAAACCACUUUGUCAGCAAGUUUGACUUGUAGGGCCAAAAAAGUGACGCAACAAUAUAGUGGCUUGUAUAUAAAUCUACAAACAAAGCAGGACUUUAAAAUGAAAAUGUAUUGAUUCAGACCUGCUGUGUAUUUUGAACGCAAACACGAGCGGAGGUGAUUUCAACUCUUCAGAGCAGCUAAAUGCUUAUCUGGGCUAAAAAAAAACAACACGUCGAACAUGCGCUGUGUGUGUGUGUGUGUGUGUGUGUGUGUGUGUGUGUGUGUGUGUGUGUGUGUGUGUGUGUGUGUGUGUGUGUGUGUGUGUGUGUGUGUGUGUUUGUGUGUGUGUGUGUGUGUGUGUGUGUGUAUGUUGUUUUUUAUAUUUGGAUGUGGAGUCGGUCCCCAGAUGGUGUAAAUAGUGCUCCUUCUUUUAACUCUGCUCCGUUCACACUAACCCACCUGUUACUUUUUCUACAACUUCUGUUGGUUUUGCUGAUGUCAGACUCAUUGCCAAAAAAUAACAGUCUGACAGCAAGCGUCGGCCCACUUUAAAGAGCAUUUGUAAACUGUAGAGACAACAAAAAAGUCUCAUUUUAGUCCAAACCACUUGAGAGCUACUGGGCCAAAAUAUGUUUUACAAUUUUCAACAGAAUAUUUUUAGAGUGUUUUUAUGACCUGUUGCAUGUUAUAAAAAAGAAGGACUUUUUUGGGAUAAAUACAGUAAUUCAGGACUUGUCUAUAGAUGACAACACACAUCUGUACACAAUGAUGCCUAAAGCUUCAGUAACUACAAUGACAAAACUCCGUGGGUUUCCUGGUUAUGUGUAUACAGGGUAUGAAGGAAAAAUAUGGUUCACACUGGUAGCAUCAUAUUUGUGACAGGGCUCUUGAAGAUUACUAUUACAGUUAAGCCUAAACUGGCUCCAUUUGUAUUAAAAGGGAAUGUGUAUGUGUUAGAGGGAAAUAAAAGAAAAUGUCAAAAGACUGGAAGCAGUUGUGUUAAUAAAAUAUAAAUUAUGUUUUUUAAAUUAGCCCCUGCCACCAGUUUGACCAAAAAAAUGGAUCUACAGAACAGAUCAACAGGAAAUCAGGCAUUUUGGCCCCAAAUCCAGGGAUCGGAUUCUGACAAACUCGAUCAUCCUCUUGGAGACUUAAAACGAAUGAGCCUAAAUUAAAAUCACAGAUACUAGACAGAUGAAGAAUGACAAAUUACGAAGUAUUUUAGCCUACACCACAGCAUGUGGGCAUGGCGUGGUGUCAAACUUUGACAAACAGUCAGUCUGAGGAGUCACCAAAAAAUGUAAACGUUAAUAACUGAAGAUGAAGAUGGCAGCCUGAAGCAAUGCAUUGGUCACUUUAUGAAUUAGCUGUGCGCUCAAUGCUGCUUACCGCUUUAAAUUGUUUUAUAUUCGUUAAUACUGUAUAGGAAACUCAAUCCUUUGCACCAUUUCAAACAAAUGUCUAACAAACAUUUUUAACAAAUCUAAAUGUUCAGGUGCAUAAAUUAGAAUAUCUUUAAAUAGUUUAUUUAUUUCGGUUGUUCAAUUAAAAAGUGAAACUCAGAAAAAAUUCAAGAAUGCAUUUUUUAACUUUUUGAUCAUUUUGAUGACAAUUAUGGCUGCAGUUAUCGAUUAUUUUAGUAAUCUAGUAAUCUUUUGAGUAGUUUGUUGGAUUAAUCAACUAAUCUUAAUGCACUCAUUGCAUAUUUUAGGGAAAACAGUUGAAAUAAACAACCAAUGUUCUGCCCGGUGUAACCUCUACUCUUUUUUCCUUAUAAGUGCACAUUUAUCAACAUUUAAAAUUCCACUUUUAUCAUGUGUGCAUUAAUCCGCGUAUUUAAACUUCCAGGAACACUAAGUGGUCCAAAUAUUAUCCAUUUUACUGAGUUAAACUCAUUAAACGAUGAAUCCAAGAUACAGAAUAAAAUCAAAGCCCUUUUCUAAUCAAAUUAUUUGGUUUAAUCGAUUAAUCGUUGCAGCAUUAAUGACAAUAGCUUACAACUACUAACAGUAGUUUCUUGUAGAAUUUUUUAAAUAGUCAGAAACUGCAAAUCGCUGCAAAUACUUUCUGAGCCUUUAUUUUAGCAUGUAAGUUUGAAUUGAACUGUAUUAAAAUCAAAUGCCUGCAUGGUAUUCUACUUUAUUUUGCACCAUAGGAAGAAUAUUUGUGGACAUACUAUGUUUAAUUGCCAAAACGGUGUUCUAUUUUUAAAAACAAUACCACAACACAAGGCCUUGCAGUCUUUUGCCACUUUCAUGUGUCAUUUACAGCUGACAUUUUUUUUUUUAAUCACUAUAAUUUGGCCAAGACAUGUGUAAUUUUUGCAUGAAAAAUAGUAUUUCUCCAGUAAUACCAAUAUUAGAUGGACAAAAUCAUGUCACAAAAAUCAAAAUGAGGCUCAAAUCAAUAUUGCAUUGAAUUAUAUUGUAGAGAAUCAUUUAUAUUCUAAACAAGCAUAGCCCAUCACUGCCAACAGGUUGUGGUUCAUACUGCCAAACUCUUGUAAAUUCAACCAUUGACUAGGUUGAAGUGCUCCUUUAUAAUCUUGUUGUUACUCCAUCGGUGGAAUUCUUCUAAUUAGGGAUUACAGAGCCUCGCUGACUGUACCUCAUAAUCUCAAAUCUUGCAGACGAAACAGUUGGUAGUUAAACCCCCUCUCACAGUCUGAGACCACUACAGGAUAUCAUCAAAUAGGGGCAAAAUAUAUCGAUAAAAAGCUAUUUAACGUAAGUGAUACUGUAUGUACAAUCAAUAUGACGAUUAAAAGAGCAUUCUAUGUAUUUUAAAGCUAUUGAUAAUACUUUGAUAAUGAUGUAAACUGUACAAAGACUGAACACGAACAAUGUAAAAUAUCAUGUGUAUAGAGGAGUUUGCGGGGACGGGCUUCUGUGGGGUUCAUUUUAUUAAAAUGGUUCCAAACACAAUAUUGAUGAUUCUUGUCUGUGAUGUAGACAACCAACUCAAUGUUUUUUUUUACA